UGCCCAUUCAUUCCUGCAGCGGCGGGUACAAAGCGGAGUAGACCCAAGUCCCGACCCUCUGGAAACUUGCCGCUUCCUUCAGCAAGUACUGAGUGAGCACGUAUAGGAGAUGUGACAUUGAAUGAACCAAUGUGCUUUAUCACUAUGGAGAUCUUGGAGAAUUGCCUGAGCAUGAAGUUCAUAUGUAUCCUACCUUGGAGGCAUCUGUUGGACAGCAAAAGCUCUCAGAUGUGAACUUUAAAUGUGCUGCUUAACGCAGACUCUGUGUGAAGAAAGGCAUUUAAAUUCUUAUGUGGGGGAAAGCACGACUUUUUGCUCAAUUGUGCAAACUCUCCAGCUGUCCUAGUGAGAAGUAGAGAGCAGCCGUGAUGGAGCUACAAGUCUGAAGGAGGCCCUGCUAGGCUUGUUCUUGGGUCCCCAGAUAGACCUCAAAUCUCUGAAGAAUACUUGAGAGCCUUAAAGUUGGUCAGAUGAUGGAUGAGUCAGACGAUGAUUUUAAGGAGCUCUGCGCCACCUUUCUCCAAAGGGUGAAAAAGAAUGGCACCAAGGAAGUGUCGGGGGAAAGGAAGACACAAAAGGCCUCCAACAGCACUGAGACAAGUAAACCGAAAAGGACCAAACCAACUGCUACCAAGAGCAAAACCCUUCAAGGCCCCAGGGAGAAGAAAACUCGGUCUGGCAGCCAGGCCCCGAGGACUAAAAGGCAAGGGGCACCCAAGUGGCAGGAGAGCAAACCAGCUCCCCCUGAGAAUGGAGGGGGAGGUGUGCCUGCCUCUGCUGUGCUCCAGGAGAAUGUGCAGAACACCCAGACAGAGGACGCUCGGGACAGCGACUCCCAGCCCCCUCCUUCCCAUCUGACUGCGAUGGGGCCCAGUCCCUCCAAACCCCGGACGGCCGAGCUCGUCCUGCAGCGAAUGCAGCAGUUCAAGAGAGCAGAUCCUGAGCGCCUGCAGCAUGCUUCCGAACGGUGCUCCCUGGAGUCUGCAGUUGAAGAAAACCUCCCGAAGGGCCCUCGAGAGGAGAUGACGGCAGGGGACGGGUCGGGGCCCUGGCUCCCUGCCACAGAGAGUGACGCGGCGGUGGCCUUGGCCCUGCAGCAGGAGUUUGGGCAGGAACAAGCAUCGUUACCUGAUGAGAACCUGGAGGAGACAGGGUUGUUCUUCUGCCAGAUCUGUCAAAAGAACCUCUCAGCCAUGAACGUGACACGGAGGGAGCAGCAUGUGAACCGGUGCUUGGAUGAGGCUGAAAAGGCACUGGCACCCACCACACCACGGAUCCCCGAAUGCCCGAUUUGUGGGAGGCCGUUUCUCACCCUGAAGAGCAGAAUCAGUCACCUGAAACAGUGCGCGGUGAACAUGGACGUGGGCCCCCAGCUCCUGCUCCAGGCUGUGCGGCUGCAGACGGUUCCGCCGGAGGGGGCCUGUGGCACACUGGCAUCAAGCUUCAGCCAUCACGCUGGAGGUCUGAAGCGGAGGGGAGCCACCAACCAGAAGGAGCUGCAGAGGAAGCGGAGGGUCACCAAGCCUGAGGCGCCGUCCGAGGACUUGCUGGUGGCCAUGGCCUUGUCCCGGUCUGAGAUGGAGCAGGAGGCUGUGCCAGCGGCGCUCAGACUGGGAAAUGCCUUUUCUGAGAGGAUAAGACUGGGAGCAGAAAAGAAGAGCCGCAAGAGGAAGGCGCCUGUUUCCCCUCCCCCCUUGUUAGUCCAGGACCCGGAGACCACGGGGAGGCUGAUGGCGGAUCGGGUGGCCCAGCUCUUUGCCGAGGAGGUGGAGCUGUCCAGCACGCCGCCACUUCCCACGAGCAGGAUUCUAAAGGAAGAGCUGGGAAAGGCCGGUCGGUGUCUGCAGCCACCUGGAGGGAAGCAGAACUUUCUGUGGGAAGGCAGCGCCCUGACUGGAGCCUGGGCCCUGGAAGCCUUCUACACGGCAAGCCUGGUCCCUCCCAUGGUGCCCCAGCGGCCCGCAAAGGCUCUUACACAGGAGCCCAUGCUCCUCCCAGGGCUGCCUGACCAGCCAGAGCUGGAAGUGCAGACGCCACCUGCUGUCCCCAGUGCCCACCCUGCAGGCCACGGCCCCAGGAGCCCAGGCCCCUCCGCCAGCCAGAGGGAGCACCAGGCCCUGCAGGACCUUGUGGACCUGGCGGGAGAGGGGAUGAAUGCCAGCCCAUGGCCCUGCAGUGGGAGACCAGCCAGCCCGGGAGGGGUUGCAGGGAUGGAUUUGUCACCCACUGGCCUUCCACUGACUGGGUUUAUCCCGCCACCCCAGGAAGAGCAGCUGGAGAGGGGCGGCCAAACUUCGCUCACCCUCAGUUUGCUGCUGGCUGACCUCAGAGCCAUGGUCAAUAACCCACAGCUGAGCGACAUCCAGCUUCAGACAGACAGCGGGGAGGUGCUUUACGCCCACAAGUUCGUGCUUUAUGCCCGCUGCCCCCUUCUCAUGCAGUAUGUGAACAGCGAAGGCUUCUUCGCCGUGGAGGACGGCGACGUGAAGAGCCAGCGCGCGCUGCUGGGUGGCGUGAGCGCCGAGGCUGCCCGUGCGCUCCUGCACUAUCUCUACACCGCGGACCCCGGCGUGCCUCCCCGGCUGGUGCCCGGCCUGAGCGCUCUGGCCCGCAGGUUCGGCGUUAGCGAGCUUGUUCUUCUGUGCGAACAAGAGCCUGAUGUGAUGGGUUCAGAGGACAGGCCACGGAAGGAGAAUGAAGACGAGGACUGUGAAAGCCGGGCGGAGAACUUCCAAGAACUCUUGAGGUCCAUGUGGAUAAAGGAAGAGGAAGAAGCAGAGGCUUCAUUGAAAUCCGAGGGCUGUGAAGAGGACAGAGAAAAAGUGGAUGAGGCAGAAAUGGAAGAGAUUUAUGAAUUUGCAGCCACUCAGCGCAAGCUGCUCCGGGGGGAAAGCACUCCAGAGGUCAAGGAAGAAACGGACCGGUUCGGGGAGGAUGGUCCCUUGUCUGCACAAAUCUCAUUAAGUGUUCAGGUUCACGAACAGCCGGACAAUGCAGAAGAGAUGGAACUGUGUGACCAGAGAAGAGAUGAGGCCCCAGUCAAAUGGAAGAGCGUGGGACCGUCCACGCCCCUGCUACUCAAGGGCCAUGGUGCAGAUGUAGAGACAGCAGGGUCCCCAGAGGAAGCACUGGGGCGUCCCGGCUCCUCUCACCCUUCUCGGGGCGGCCGGACAGGGAGAAAGGAAGGUGCGUUUUGGUGCUCGGCUGCUGCUGCCGCUGAACAGCCCUUUUCAUCGACUCCCAGAAGAUGCCCUGAACUGUCGCAGACAAGUGAGCUCCAGGAAGACAAUGGCACGGCCACGAGAAAGGGGGCGGAGGGUCCUUGUACCCCUGCCCACCGGCAGGCACCCCCAUUGCGCCCGUGCCUGUCGAAGCUCCUUCAAGGCAGGAGUCCUGGCCGGCCACACCCUUGCCCUCGCCCUCAUCACACCGGCCAGUCGCCCAGCGAAGCUUCUAGGGCAGCCUCCCAGGACUCACCAUCCAAGCAGAGGAGGGGCAGGAGCCUCUGCAAGCUACUUAAAGAUCCAGGCCUUCAGAAAGGCAAAGAACGUGGUUCCUUGUUGGAAUGCAGAAAUAAAGGGGCUCUGGUCUCCCCAGAAAAAUCUCCAUCCAUUGACCUCACCCCAUCAAAACCUGGUCAUUUGAGCUCCCGAUCUCAGAAUACUCCAUCCAGCAAGAACAGAGAAGAUGAGAUUAUCCUUUUACUGGACUCAGAUGAAGAGCUGGAGCUGGAACAAACCAAAACAAAGUCAGUUCUUGAUGGUCCCCUGGAAGAAAGGAAAGUGCUGGAAGUUAGCACCAAGUCUUCUGAGCUGUUUUCCGUCAUCAACGUUGAUGCAGAUCAGGAUUCUUUCCAAAGCCCACCACGAAGAGAGGCGGAACUGCUGUGUGGGGAGGAGAGGCCGCCAGGGAGCCAGGGCUCACAGGAGGGCAGAGGGACCCCUCAGCUGUUCUGUGACCCCGAGAGCGGCCCUGAGGAGGACAGCACCACAGACGCCUCAUGGCUGGUGCCCGCCACUCCCCUGGCUAGCAGAAGCCGUGACUCUUCAUCCCAGACCCAAAUAACAGGCCUCAGGUCCAGGGCUUUAGUGGAUCACAUGGCCCAGUUCAAACCCUGGGCCUCCCUAGAAAACAGGGAUAGACCCGAAGCUGCAAAUACGUGUUCGAUAGCCAGGCCCCAGAUGUCGCCACCGCACUUGGGCCCCAUCAUUGCAGGAAGCCCCGACAGCAGGGGCCCAUGCAGUCCCCACCCCGGGCGCCUCCAGCACUUUGCUCUUCUGGCGGCCUGUCCCAUCUCAGGGGGCCUCGCCGAUUCCACGGGGCGGCUCCGGAAGCACUCGCCCCUCGGGCCCAGCCUGCUGAAUCAGGCCACCGCGAGUGAGGUGGUGGAGGUGGAGGACAGCGAAGACGAGCGGGAGGUGGCCAACAGCAGCCCCCUGCCGGACAACGACCCUCCGAUCCCUCUUGGUGACUGCCACUGGCACAUGGAGCCCCUCUCUCCGAUUCCGAUCGACCGCUUGAAUCUUGAGCUGACGGGGCCCCUGAGCACCAGUAGUCCCAGCGGUUAUGGCCACUCCCCGGCCCUCUCGGGCACCACCCCCAUCCGAGGAAGCCUUGCUGGCCAAAGAAAGGCUCCAGAGAGGUCCCCUCGGGCCGGCUCGCCUGGGAGCAGCAGGCAGAGCUUUCUGAACUCCGCUCUGUGGGACCACUGGGAUGAAAAAGAACAGACGUCUCCAGAGCUCCUUCCUGCGGCCCAGACGCCGAGUGCUGAUGAAGCUCAGAAAUCAGAAGGGUUAGAGACGCCAAAAGGUGCUCAUUGGAAGAACUUGCCCCCGAAAGAGCCCAUAACCCCAAUGCCAAGGUAUUCCAUCAUGGAGACCCCGGUACUGAAGAAAGAACUGGAUAGGUUUGGCGUCCGCCCUCUACCCAAACGCCAGAUGGUCCUGAAACUGAAGGAGAUAUUCCAGUACACUCACCAGACUCUGGAGUCAGACUCCGAGAAUGAGAGCCAGUCCUCACGGGUGCUCCUGGAGGCGCCUCACAGCCAGACCCAAGCCAGCAAGACGUCCAAGGGCUCCUCCCAUCAAGAGAAUCCUCCUGGUGGAAGCCUCCCUCCAAUGAGCAGGGAGGAGCCUCCAGGCCCUGAUGGUGACGCCCAGCUCCCAGCCUCCCAGGAAUCAGUGGCCUCCUCCGUGGACAGCAGUGACAGCUCCUUUAACUCACAAAGUUCUUCCUGUGAGUUUGGAGUGGCCUUUGAGUCUGCAGGGGAUGAAGAGGGUCAAGAGGAGAUAAGUGCAUCACAGACGGCCGCCCAGGCGGCAGCCACGGAGGAGGCAGUGAGGCGCUACAUCCGCUCCCGGCCGGCCCUCUACCGCAAGGUCCUGCUCUAUCAGCCCUUUGAGUUGGCCGAGCUGCAGGCCGAGCUGAAGCAGCAUGGCAUCCGCAUGGCCCUGGGGAAGCUGCUGGAUUUCCUGGAUGCCCACUGUAUCACCUUCACCACCUCCGCGGCCCGGAAGGAGAAGCUCCAGAGGAAGAGGCGGCAGCCCGUGGGCAAGAAGAAUCGGGGCAGGGCAGCGGGCCGGUCCGCCCCUCCCCACCCGCGGCCGUCCGCAGCCUGUGAGCGUCUGCAGCCCCCCUCGGCGAGCCAGGCCUCCACGGGCGUUUCGGGGCCUGGGGACCACAUCAACCCCCCGUGAAAGUGACGAUGGCACCGAGUUGGUCGGCUUUCCCCAACUCCAUUUCCACGGUCCUCAGGGCCCCAGCCCCUUCCUCUUGUCAGUGCCCAUGGUUUGUCUCCCUCUGUCUCCCUGUGACCCCGCCGUGGGUGGCCACCGGCUAGCCAGGACGAGGUCUUUCGGGUACAGGGUGUCCUCGUCCUGAGGUGGACAUCCAGGGCCAGCUUGCCCUUGCCCUGCCUUCCUUCUUGGCACUUGGCCAUAACCCCAGCCUCCACCAGCAGACCAGGUGCCCACAAGCCUGUCACUGCCACAUGUUAGGUGCUCUGCUGGCCCACCCAUCCCGCCUAGAUACCUGUCAUAGUCACCAGCAGUCUCCAAACUGGGCACUGCGGGCGGGCCCGGCUUUGCCGGGUAUGUGGGGGAAGCUAUCUCCAGCCUCAGGAGCGGUGUGGAGUAUGGGCGAGGGCCAGAAAAGAGGAAAGGUCUGGGUCUCUACAUCCAUGUGAAUGCCUUGUCUGUUUUAAAUACGGUGCAGUCCAUUUUAUAUGAUGUGCAAUAAAAACAAAAACGCUGUAUAAAAA